ACGCGAAUAAUACUCUGUCAUCUGUAGCAGCGUAGACCCCAGAGAGACCAAUCAUCCAAACCUCCCCACAAAACCCCUAAACGACAUCGUCCCAUCCCAAAUCUGCCCCCCGCCCCCCUUCUCUCUCUCUCCGUACUUUCCCACUCAUCCACAAAGUCGUCUUCUCUGCAGCUUCUUCUUACCAGGUCAGCAUCUAUGCAUCCCAAUAAUACACUUUCUGUGUGUUUGUAUAUAUAGGUGUAUGUAUAUGUCGGCAAGUUUCUUUCUUUCGCUUUGCUAGAUUUUCCAGGAAAUCCGAUCAUCAGGAGAUAUGAUUAGGCUAUUCAAAGUAAAGGAGAAGCAAAGAGAACUUGCUGAAAAUGCGAAUGGAGCGUCACCUGUGAAGAAGCAAUCUGCUGGGGAAUUGCGUCUUCAUAGAGAUAUAUCUGAGCUGAAUCUCGCAAAAACUUGUAGCAUUUCAUUUCCUAAUGGCAAGGAUGACCUGAUGAACUUUGAGGUUACAAUUCGUCCAGAUGAAGGAUAUUACUCAGGAGGUACGUUUUCGUUUACUUUCCAAGUGGCGCCUAUCUAUCCACAUGAGGCACCAAAAGUCAAGUGUAAGACCAAGGUCUACCAUCCUAAUAUUGACUUGGAAGGUAAUGUCUGCCUCAACAUCCUACGAGAAGAUUGGAAACCUGUCCUCAACAUAAACACUGUCAUUUAUGGAUUGUAUCAUCUUUUCACGGAACCAAACUAUGAAGAUCCACUAAAUCAUGAUGCAGCAGCGGUGUUGAGAGACAACCCGAAGAUGUUUGAGUCUAAUGUAAAACGUGCUAUGGCUGGUGGUUAUGUGGGGCAAACGAUUUUCCCCCGGUGCAUGUAGCUUUUGUUUGGUACCACCAAAGUGCCAAUUGAGGUAUUUACCAAUGCUCGAUAUGCAAGUGGGGUUGUAAUAUUUGUUUGCAGAUUGCAUUUUCUUUGUUCAUCCUUUAAAAUGAAAGAAAAUUUAUCGACGGAGCUGGGGGCAGUAAAAUGUAUGUCACUGUAACUGUUGGUAUGCUUUGUAUGUUGACAUGAAUGUUAAUCUUCUUUUGUAAUAAGGAUUCAUCUCUCUCUGUCUC